ACUUACCAACAAAUUUGAUAUAAACGCAAAAUUUCGCUUAAUAAAGCUACAUAUUGAUAUUAUCUGGUAAUACCAAAUGUGAAGUCUAAUUUUGGAUAACAACACAACAAAUCGCAGCUACGGACAUUCCAAUACAUUGAAGGAAUUAACGCGGAAACUAACACAUACACACCGUACAACUCAUAAGCCCAAUGCGUAAGAAAGGGAUUACACGUAUAAAAGAGUUUCGGUUAGAAAUGUCAAAUGUGCCUUAAGAAACUCAUAGAAACCUUAAGAGAAAUCUGUGAUAGCACUGUAGGGUAAUUAACCUAUUAUUUAACAUAUAGGUGGCUUAAAUGGAUGGUAGCCUUAAAAUCAUAUUUUCAUUCUUGGCUUGUUUGCGCACAUGUGGUUUCAAACUCGUGUUGAAUGCGGUAGAAGGAAUCUUGCGAAAAUAUUUACAAUUAGCCGACUUCGAACAAGCGAUGAAUUUAACAGGUUUUGGGAUAUUCAACUUAGUCUUGCUUAUAGUUGGUAUAUUUGCGGCCUGCGCCUCCACCUUUGAAACCACCACAAUGUCGUAUAUACUUCCAAUUGCUGAAUGUGAUCUUAAAAUGACACUUUUCGAUAAAGGAAUUUUAAAUGGAGCUACAUAUGCUGGUAUGAUAUCGUCGGCUGUUAUUUGGGGCUAUCUCGCAGACACAAUUGGGAGGAGAAAGGUUCUGAUUUACGGUUAUUUAAUAGACGCCGUUUGCGUACUUUGCAGCUCUUUGACGCAGAAUUUUGAAAUGCUAGUAGCAUUCAAAUUUUUGGGCGGCUUCAUCGUGAAUGGUCCUGGUGCGGUACUGUUAACAUAUUUAACUGAGAUGCACGGCUCCGCGCAUCGACCACGAGUUCUUAUGGUUUACGGAAUGGUUAUGUCUUUGGCAACACUUAUAAUGCCUCUAUUGGCGUGGGCAAUAUUUCCACGAGAUUGGGAAUUCGUAUUGUUUGAAACUUUACUAAUACAUCCUUGGCAAAUAUUUUUGGCAGUAUCCAGUUUACCAAGUCUAAUCGGUGGAUUAGGACUUAUUGCUUUGCCUGAAAGUCCUAAAUUUUUAAUGUCUCAAGGAAGAAAUGCUGAGGCCCUCCUCGCAUUUCAAAAGAUUUAUUCUGUUAAUAAAAGAGCAAGCAUGAAUGCUUAUCCAAUCAAAGAGCUGGUUGAGGAAGUUCCAAAUCGUAUCUCGAAUGUUGAUGAGCAUAUAUUUACUGUAGAAAACAAGUCAGUUAAGCCGAAAUACAAACGUGAGCCCAGAACAUUCUCACAAGCUUUCAAGGAAGGAAUAAAGCAGAUCAAGCCCAUGUUCACAAAGCCUUUAUUGGGUCACUCCCUUCACGCGUAUGCUAUGCAAUUCUGUAUUUUACUUGGUUUAAAUACUAUUCGACUGUGGUUGCCUCAACUUUUCGCAUCUAUCGCUGAAUACGAAGCUCUAUAUAACGGUGAAUCAGGUUCAGCGAAUCUAUGUGCAAUUCUAGAGUACAGUGUUAAUAGAACAUCAGUGAUUACAGAUUUUCAGGACUCCUGUAGUAACCUACCAAAAGUGUCAAUAGAUCUAUACACUAAUAAUAUUAUCGUCUCCGCGGCUGGUUUAGUGGCAUACUGUUUUGCUGGUAUAACUGUACGAGCUGUAGGAGCUAAGAAUUUACUAAUUUAUGGACUCUUAAUAUCUGGCUGUCUCGGCAUAUCACUCUACUGGUCAGUGAAUGGGCUUUCCACUCUUAUUAUAUCAUCUGUGUUUUUAUCAGUGGCGGCCGUAUCAACAUCAUCUCUAUUAGGAGUGGUACUUGCUCUUUUUCCAACUUCUUUGCGAUCACUGGUGGUUGCAAUAGCAAUGAUGUUUGGUCGACUGGGCGCUUUGUCUGGAAAUAUGUUAUUUCCUGUUUUUAUGGAAAUGGGUUGUAUACAACCUUUUCUAAUGGUCGGCGGUGUAUUGCUUGUUGCUGGUGCUUUAUCUUUCAUUUUGCCUGACGCGGAGGAAAUUACCUUCAAGUGAAAUGGAAACAAUAUACUGAAAUCGGGGUUUCUUGUACUACUAUAGACACAUAGAUAUACGUAUUACUUAGAAUAUUAAUUAUACAUAAGGUUAUGAGUAAAACGAUAAUGGAAAACAGUAGUUGAAUUUAAUGGGACUUCCAAUUAACUCUAUUGUCAACUACUUUUAUUUACUUGAUAUGUAAAUAUGUAAAUCCGUAUUGAUAUAUACAUAUGUACAUAUAUAUAAUUGUGUAUUUGACUUUACUUUGUAAAAUAUUGUUUUCAUUUUAAGCAUAUAGAUUAGGCUUUGUUAUAUAAAUUGUAAUGUACACACUGGCGGCUCGGUUUAUUUUUAAAGAAAAUAUGUUUUCAAAUGUGUAAAUAUAGGCAAUUAUUUUGAUAUAUCUUGCGUUCUUUGCUGCAAUUGCGUCGGUUUGGUUUGUACAGAGAAAAUGCCUCAUGUAAUUCAUACAAUGAAUUAUCGGAUACUUACAGUGUUAUCAGGGGCCGCGCUACAUCAUUCUCGUCUCCGAUAAUUAAAACUAUUCACCAGCUUCAUCGUUCUAGAUAACUUGAACACAACUUACCGCGAUUUAUAACUGCUUUGGAAAGAUUAUACAAUGUUAGUUAUUCCUAACCGGAAGUUGUUCGAUAUGAGUGGAUGAAUAUUGUCUCUUGAUCAACUCUGAGGGUAAGCAUGUUAAAUAUGGAAACACUUCCUUCAGUAUGUAACGCAACACCCGUUAAUCCAACUGAAUCAUUGCAUGUCUUCGGAUGAAUUUACCGGACAAUAGAAUCGCUAAUCUAAAUUUUGACAGCGCUCGCAGUCAAAGUCUUAAUUGCAAAUUGUUUGAUUUCUUGGCUUCGUUCAUUUUUCACUUUCCAUGUUAUAAGCCAUGUUUAUGUAUUUGAAUCAAGCCAAUGUUUGGAAAGUAGCAUAUUCCCAAAUCUGUUCACUCUGCAACAGCAUGUACAAAUAUAAGGGUAUAGUCCCUUUAGGAAAUGAUUCAUAUGCAGAGUAGAUUACUUCUAUUUACUGUCUUCUUAGCAACACUUUUUGUUUCUUACUUGUAUAUGAACGCUUUGAUAAUAAAGAGUGACCAGUCUUACACUAGUGGCGGCCUUAUCAACAUCAUCUCUAUUAGGAGUGGUACUUGCUCUGUUUCCAACUUCUUUGCGGCAAGUAUCAUAACUUUUGUGUACAUGUACUUGUAUAUAUUUACACCGUAACCAGGAUAUAUUAAAUUUGCCACGAAGUUUGUCAAACCCAGAAGCAAACGUUGGAGACCCAAUAAAAUAUAUGCAUAUGUAUGUAAAUGAUCAUCAUAACGAGCUGAGUCUAUUUAGCCACGUCCGUCUGUCUGCAUAUACACGAACUAGUCUCUCAGUUUUUGAGACUUCAAUUUAAAAUUUUACACACGUCCUUUUCUCCCCAAGAAGCUGCUCCUUCGAAAUCGCCGAUAUGGGACCACUUUAGCAUAUAGCUGUCAUACAAACUGAACGAUCAGAAUCAAGUGCUGUAUGGAAAGCUUUUCAUUCGACAAGAUAUCUUCAAGAAAUUUGGUAUGGAUUAUUGUCUAAGGCAGUGGUACACACAUCGAAGAAAUGGUUCAGAACGGAUAACUAUAGAAUAUAGCUGCAAUACAAACUGAACGAUCGGUAUCAAGUGAUUGUAUAGAAAACUUUUUCAUUUAACGAGUUGUCUUCACCAAAUUUUGCAUGGUUUAUUGCCCAAGGCAACGGUGCCAUUUUCGAAGAAAUCGGCAUCCAGUCACUAUAGCAUUUAGCUUGCAUACAAACUAAUCGAUCAAAAUUAAGUUCUUGUAGAGAGUAAAGCAAACUGAAUACUUAAUGUUAAACCUAGAUGGGAAACUUUCAUGAACGCCAAAAAUUGAAAGAGUGAAGAAAACGUCGUUUUUGAUUUUUAAUUGCGUUUUAUUUUAAAAAUUGUUCAAAUUUACAGUUAUCUAAAUUUAGUUGUUCAAAACAAAAUAAAGUUUUUUUCAACAUUUAA